AUGGAAAACCUCAGUCUAGAUGACCGUCCGCCUCCGUCGUCGCCGCAGAGACAAGGACAAGGACAAGGACCAGCGCCUCAGAACCAAAACCAAAAUGCCGUCUUUGCAGGCGUGCCGCCGCAGGGUGCCCCCCAGUUACCACCGCAGAUGUUCACGACUGCGGCGCAGCUGCUGGAUUUGACGGACAAAAAGCUCCUCCUCGUCCUCCGCGACGGCCGCAAAAUCUUCGGCGUUCUAAGAUCCUGGGAUCAAUUCGCCAACCUCGUCCUGACCGACACUCGAGAGCGAUACUUUGUCAGCAUCCCCGCGGGGACCAGCCCGGACGCCAUUUCCGCAACAGCCUCGCAGGACGCACCCUCCUUGUCCGCCAACACAUCGUUAAGUACAGCCACUCUCCCGCGCAAUCUCUAUUGCGACAUCCCCCGCGGCACGUACCUCGUCCGAGGCGAGAACGUGCUGUUGCUGGGUGAAGUCGAUCUCGACAGAGAAGACGACCCGCCGCCCGGAUACGAGCUCGGCGAUGUCGAAGAGGUCUUUCGGCUUCAGCGCGCGAUUGAUUUGGAGAAGAAGCGCAAGGAUAAGAUCAGGGCAAGGAAGGUCGGGCAGUUGUGGGGUGGUGAAAUCGAAGGCAGUGGAGAGGUGUUGUUUUGA